CCCAGUUCGUUUUCGCCUCCAAAUUUUCCAAAAGAUUUGCCCAGCUUCCCUCCAUUGGACGAAAUUCAAACCUUCCGCCAACGCGAAGCUGACCGAGAGAGAGAGAGAGAGACAGAGAUGGGGAAUCCCUCCAGUUCCGCUUAUCGCAGAUCGAAAUCCGCUCCAGAUCACUCCAAAAAGCCUCUGAAAAAUGCGAGGAAGAACAUGAAUUCCGAGUUCGACACGCUCGUAGAAGGUGUUGCCUUGUCUGAAUCGCCAAAGGAUUCUGCUGAUUUCUCUCUUAUCUCAGAGGUUUAUGAAUCCACUGAGAACGCGAGGAAGAAUGAAUCUGCUGAAUUCUCUCUUAUCUCAGAGGUUGUAGAUGACGUUCAACUUACUGAAUCGAAUGAGGAGCUCCAGAGCUUUGUUUUUCCACUGCUUCCAGAAGCUCCAACUUCAUCAGGGAAUAUCUUUCUCCAUGACCCCACCACAGUAUCAACAUUUGGGAUUUCUUCUAAUAUGUUCACAACCAGCACUGCUUCAACCUACCUGUCCCAGAGUGCUGAAGAAAAGACUUCAAUGGAGACAGAAAUAGCAAUCAAGCAUCUAAGACAGGCACUAUUUCGUCCCAUGAAUAAUUCCCAUGGCAUUUCUCUGCGGCAGCCCAAGAGACUCGUGGAUGCUUUGGUGGAGGUUGUAGUGCGAGAGGUCUGUGGCUCGACCCGACGAGAGAAGAAUUGUUCUAACUCCCUUACUUUGAAGAAGAUGUUCUUAUUGGUCUCGCUUAGUUUUCUACUGGUGCCCAUCCUUGCUCUUCUCUUCAGUUCACUUCAUACUUCCAGUGCAACACCGCGCUUCGUCGGUCCUUUGCCAACUUGAAUGCUCCACACAUUACAGUUUCUUUGGUAUGACUUUGGAUUAGGUUCAAUAACUCUUUUGGAAACGUUUUGACCUGUAAUACACCAAAAUGUAAUCAGUAGUUUUGGCACGAAAUGCAAUUGCCCAGAACAGUGCUUGUCUUGUUCUACUAUGCAAAGAGAAUUUAAUUUUCAUGCUUUAAAAUGUCUAUAAACCGACUAACGGAGCGUUCCGUUCAACUUAUUUUUUCUGCUUAUUACUUAUUCUUAUUAUAAUCAGAUGAGUUCAGACCAGAUCAGAAAUAGUUUUAAUUAUAAUUGCAAUCAUAUCAAGACCAUAUCAGAUCUUCAAAAAAUUAUGUCAAAUCAGAUCAGGUGAAUGAAAUACAGUCUAAAUC